ACAACGCAUUGGGGGAGUUUUAAGUUCCGUUCGCUUCAGUUCCGGCGGCUGUUUAUCAGUGUAACACAUAUAUAUAUUCAUUACACAAAAACAAAAGACAAACGUUGUCAAAUUGGCGCCAUCUUGUGUCUAGUGCGUGCAACUGUUGCCUUUUGUAAUUAUUGUUAUUAACCGGCUCAGAUGAGGGUCAGCCUGUGUUAAGGCUAAAGUUAAAUAACAAAAUACAAAAUAAUUGCGUUCAAAAUAUGCAACUGGCCAGAUCGACGACAACAACAAGAGCUACGCAAGCGUAGAAAGUUUUUAUUAUUAUUAUUUUUAAGCCAACAAAACGCCAAAGUCAAAGCCAAAAAAAGCGAAAAAACCGAAGCAUCAUCACAUUUUUUGCGUGUGAACCCAACAACACAAUAACCGAAAAAAAAGAAAAGAAAUUGGCGUUUUAGUGUGUUCGUGUGUGUGUGCAUAAAAACCCGAAUUGGCAACAUUUUAACAAUUUUGAUUAAAUAAAUUAAAUACAUAAUGUCUGGUCCACUGCCCGAAAUCAGCGCUGAACAGCGCAAAACAUUGGAACAGUUCCGCAAGGUGAUGAGCCCCGAGCUGAACGAGACGCAUGAUGAUUACUUCCUGCUACGCUGGCUGCGAGCUCGCAAAUGGAACCUGGAUGCGGCAGAGAAAAUGCUUAAAGCUUGCCUCAAGACGCGCGCCAUGUGGAAUGUGGACAAUAUUGAGAAGUGGGAUGCACCGCAGGCCUUGCGCGAAUAUCUGCCGUAUGGCAUCAUGGGCUACGAUAAGGAAGGUUCGCCAGUGAUCGUUUGUCCGUUCUACAACUUUGACAUGUGGGGCAUGAUGCACUGCGUCACACGUUUCGAGUUCCAAAAGUAUCUGGUGCUUCUGCUAGAGCGCUUUAUGAAGAUCGCCUACGAGCAGAGCCUGCAGCACGGCUGGAAGGCGCGCCAGCUGGUCGUCUUCUUUGACUGCGAAGCGAUGAACCUGAAGCAGUUCGCCUGGCGGCCAGCGGCCGAAUGCGUCAUCUCGUCGGUGAAGCAGUACGAGGCCAACUUUCCGGAGCUGCUCAAGAGCUGCUACAUCAUCAAUGCACCGAAGCUGUUCUCGGUGGCCUUUAACAUAGUCAAGAAGUUUCUGGACGAGAACACGACCAGCAAGAUUCAUAUUUACAAAUCCGGAUCGGACAAGUGGCAGCAGCAGCUCUUCUCGCACGUUGAUCCCCAGAAGUUUCCCAAAUGCUGGGGUGGUCAGCUCGUUGACAAGUUCGGUGAUCCGAAGUGCAAAUCCCUGAUGAUUUGGGGCGGCAAAUUGCCCGAGGAGCUGUACAUCGAUCAGAGCAGCCAGCAGAGCGAUAAGAACUUCACCGAGGCCCAGGUGCCCAAGGGCGACAAGCUGAAGCUGAACUUCAAGGUGAAUGGCCAAGUGGAGCAGCAGCUGCUCUCGUGGAAUUUCCGCACCCACGACUACGACAUCAAGUUCGGCAUUUACAGCGUGGACGAGCAGACGGGCGAGAAGCGCAGCGAAGUGCCCCUCGGCACCGUCUACUCCAACGAAAUGGACGAGGCGGGCUUCAUCUCCACGCGACCCAAUACCACAUACACCGUCGUCUUUGACAACUCCGCGAGCUACUUGCGCAGCAAGCGGCUCCGCUACUGGGUCGAUCUCAUCUCCGACGAGGAGGAGGGCAUCACCGAGCUGACCACCCAACUGGACAACACUCAGAUCGUGGCACAGCAGUGAGACGCUGGAGCUGGAGCGCAGGUGCAGUAGCAAUCAAGCCAAAAACGAAAACAGUUUGAAGAGUAAUUCAAUUCGGCCUGGCCGAAUCUUUUAUACCCUUGCGCACAAAUAGGAUCGGAGCUCAGCAUACGACUUUGAUCUAAAUCUUAUACUAGCUAUUAUUAAUCGGCUUUACGUGUUUUUUAAAAUUUAACUAUUCGUUUUUCGCCUAUUUUCCGCUCGGUGCCGUGAAUUCGUUUUCCGUUGUACCAUAUCGAUUCUUAGCUUAAAGUUGAUGCAAAUUAUUUUCUACAUUCCACACAUUUUCCUCCUAUCCACGUGGAUUUUUGUUGCCUUUUAUGGUCUUUUUUUUUUUUGCUAAAUCACAGCAAGGGUAUAUUAACUACAACCAUAUUUACUAACCUC